UAGGAUGUCUCAGUGGAAUCAAGUCCAGCAGCUGGAAACAAGAUUUUUGGAGCAGAUAGACCAGAUUUACGAUGACAAAUUUCCCAUGGAAGUCCGACAUCUGUUAGCACAGUGGAUUGAGAACCAGGACUGGGAAUCUGCAUAUAACAACGAGCCCAUGGCAGCGAUCCUCUUGCAGAACUUGUUUAUAAAGCUGGACGAACAUUUCGACCGUGUCUCCCAAGAGAAGAACCUCCUCUUGAUACACAACUUGAAGAGAAUCAGGAAACUUUUACAGGGAAAAUAUCAGAGUAAUCCUAUGCACAUGGCUGUGGUGGUUUCAAACUGCUUAAGAGAAGAAAGAAGAGUAUUGGCGGCAGCGGAUAUGCCUUUACAGGGGCCGCUGGAAAAGUCGUUACAGAACUCCUUGGUGUCGGAAAGACAAAGAAACACGGAGCACAAGGUGUCUGCUAUUAAGAACAGCGCCCAGAUGACCGAUCAGGACGUCAAAUAUUUGGAAGAUUUGCAAGAGGAGUUUGACUUCCGCUAUAAAACGAUGCAGAGCGUGGAACAGAACGACAAAAACAACGUUGUUGUGAAGCAGGAAAUGCUGAUGUUGCAGGAAAUGCUCAAUACCAUAGACUUCAGGAGAAAGGAAGUUCUCACGAAAAUGGCACAGGUCAUAAAAGAAACGGAAGACUUGAUGAACACCAUGCUGAUGGAAGAAUUAAUGGACUGGAAGAGGCGUCAACAGAUCGCCUGCAUAGGAGGCCCUCUCCAUAGUGGGCUCGAUCAGCUUCAAAACUGUUUCACGCUAUUGGCAGAGAGCCUCUUUCAAAUAAGACGCCAGCUGGAGAAGCUCGACGAAUUCUUGGUCAAACUCACUUACGAGGGAGACUCCAUUCCUUUGCAAACACCUCACCUGCUGGAAAGAGUCAACUUCUUGCUUUACAGCCUCUUCCAAAGUUCCCUCGUAGUAGAGAAACAGCCCUGCAUGCCCACCCAUCCACAGAGACCGCUGGUCCUUAAAACCUUGAUACAGUUCACUGUGAAACUUAGGCUGCUUAUUAAAUUGCCAGAGAUGAACUAUCAGAUCAGAGUGAAAGCCGCUGUCGACAGGAAUGCAUCUACUAUCAGCAGCCGCAGAUUUGUCCUUUGCGGCACUCACGUCAAAGCGAUGGCCAUGGACGAAUCUGCAAAUGGGAGUCUUUCUGUGGAAUUUCGACACUUGCAACCAAAAGAGAUGAAGUCAUGUGCUGGAAGCAAGGGAAAUGAGGGUCCCCAGAUGGUAACUGAAGAGCUGCACUGCAUCAACUUUGAAACGCAGGUCUGCUUGUACGGUUUAACCAUAGACUUGGAAGCGAGUUCUUUACCCGUAGUGAUGAUUUCCAACGUCAGUCAGCUACCUAAUGCAUGGGCUUCCAUUAUUUGGUACAACUUGUCAACAAAUGAACCCCAGAACUUGGCUUUCUUUAAUAAUCCGCCAUCUGUCCCCUUGAGUCAACUCCUGGAAGUGCUGAGCUGGCAGUUUUCGUCCUAUAUCGGCCGUGGUCUCAAUGCCGAUCAACUCAGCAUGCUGGUGGAAAAGCUUACAGGACAGCAAGUUAUCUACAGCGAUUGUAAACUGUCCUGGUCAAAGUUCUGUAAGGAACACUUGCCAGGGAAACAGUUUACAUUUUGGGUGUGGCUGGAAGCAAUCUUGGAAUUAAUUAAAAGGCAUAUCCUGCCUCUUUGGAUUGACGGAUGCAUCAUGGGGUUUGUGAGCAAAGAGAAGGAGCGGGUUUUGCUGAAGGACAAGACGCCCGGAACAUUUUUAUUGAGGUUUAGCGAAAGCAAUUUAGGAGGGAUUACUUUUACCUGGGUCUACAAGUCGGAAAGUGGAGAAGAUAUUUUCCAUUCCGUUGAACCGUAUAACAAAGGCCGUUUAACCGCGUUACCGUUUGCUGACAUUUUGCGAGAUUACAAAGUUAUCGUGGCCGAUAACGUUCCAGAAAACCCACUGAAAUACCUUUAUCCAGACAUCCCGAAAGAUAAAGCCUUUGGAAAACACUACAGCUCCCAGCCAAACGAAGUGUCAAGAACUACAGAAGGAGUCAAAGGUUACGUCCCCUCUGUAUUCAUCCCGGUCUCCAAAAUCCUGAGCGAUUCCACAGACCCCCCUUCUCCAUCCGACCUUCUCCCCAUGUCUCCAAGCGUCUAUGCCGUCUUGAGAGAACACCUAAGUCCCACAGUAAUGGAAACAGCUUUGAGCUCUCCAUAUUCAACGGACUGA